ACUAAAUCAAGAAACAUGCGUGGUCGACUAUUAUUGUUGCUGUUAGCGUGCUUGGCUCUCUGCCGUGGCCAUGCGGUAGUCCCAGUCGUGCCGGCAGCGCACUCCUACCACGGGCUCGUAGUGCCUUACCCACUGGUGCAUCACGGUUACCCUGGCCAUGAUGUAUUGGGUCACGGAGUGGUCGCCGAGCCGCUAGGACAUCACUUGUGGAAGCGAUCGCCGCAUCAUGUAGCUCCGUUGGCAGCCGUGGCUCCACUAACCCACGUGGCUCCCGUGGCCGUCUCGCACCAAGCUCGCUUAGACGUGCACUCUUCCCCAGCGCUCGUGGCCCCCGUGCUGCCAGUGCCACUGCUCCAUAAGACAGUGGUCGCCUCACCGCUGCACUACGGGGCUGGAAUCCAUGGCGGUCUUUAUCCUCAUGUCGGACAUUAUGCAUCAGUCGAUCCUCGAUCGGUCAGACGAAUCAAAUCAACACAGACCACAAUGUUCAAGCUGGUGGUGUUGUACGCUUCUGUGGCUUUGGCGGCGGCAAAGCCUGGCGUGGUGGCCCCCGUGGCCUACAGUGCGGCGGUGCCAGCCGUGAGCUCCGUGUCCCAGUACAGCAGCAGCGUGGUACAUGGUUCCCCCGUGGUACCCGCCGUAUACUCGUCAGCUGUUGUUCCCGCUGCGUACAGCGCUGCCGUGAUUCCCGCUGUCGCCCCCGCUGUGGUUCCCGCUUACGGCUAUGGUCUGUCCCAGGCCCCCCACUCACCCGCCGUCGUCCUGGAUGCCGUGAACGGAGUCCCCCUCGACACGCCUGAGGUGGUCGCCGCCCGCGCUGCCCACUACCAAGCGAAGGCUCUGUCUGGCCAUCACCUGCGCAAGCGAUCCGUCGCUGCUGUUGCUCCCGUGGCAUACAGCUCGUACGUGUCUCCUGUCUCCGCCGUUGCUUACUCCUCUCCUGUCGUUUCUCCUUACUCCUCCGUUGUAUCCCCUUACUCGGCGGUAGUUUCCCCUGUAUCUUACUCCGCUGUAGUCCCUAAGGCUUACAGCGUCCAUCCCUGGUAAAAAUCCACUGUAAACUAUGUAUGUAAUAGAUAUACGAGUGUGAUAUGUACCUAAACAAUAAAUUCAAAUUUGUAAAAAAUAAAUGGACCGUUUGAUCU